GCCUGGCAAGCUGCAGACAUGGCUCCCUCUAACAAUGGCCAAAGCGGGAUCAGCAUUCCCGCUGGCGACAUUGGCGUCGGCAACGGCCAUGCCGCUCAUUCCGCGGAUGAGCAGUGGACCAACGGCUCUGGUGAGCCUCGCGAUGUGCCCCCUCCGAGGCGCUCCAGCAGGAGCAGGAGCCCAGGAGCCAGAGACGAUCGAGGCCGUGUCGGCGCGGAGUCCACAAACCCAGGCAACAACCUGCAUGUCUCCGGUUUGAGCUACAAGGUUGAUACCCGCGACCUCGAGGCUGCAUUCGCCAAAGUUGGCCGAGUCCAGAAAGCUUCGGUGAUGUACGAUCCGCACACUCGGGAAUCCCGAGGUUUCGGCUUCGUGACGAUGGAGACUGCGGAGGAGGCCGAUGCAGCUAUAGCUGCGCUCGGCUCCACGGAGCUCAUGGGCAAAAUCAUCACUGUCGAAAAGGCACGCCGCGCUCGCGCACGCACGCCAACUCCUGGUCGUUACCACGGCCCUCCCAAGCGCAACGAAAACGAAAAGCCCUACGAUCCUCGCCCGUACGACAGUCGUUACUCGCGUGACUUCGACGACCGACGUGGAGCACCUCGUGGCCGCUAUGACGAGUAUCGUGGCGGCGGCGGUGGACGUUACGACGAUUACCCUCCUCGACGCGACUACGACCGAGGUAGCUACAAUCGUGACUACGACCGCGGCGCCAGGUAUGAUGACCGGCGCUAUUGAUCUCGUCGCGGGCCAUGGAGCGAUUGUCUCGUCAAUCGAAAUCAUGCGUAGUGCCAUCUGCUCGCUUUGUUAUCAUGUAUUUAGUAACCCUUCAGUAAUGAAUGUCGUUGCGUUGUCGCAUUGCAUUAUCGUCCUGCCUUGGAAACGCUACCUAUGCCCAAUUCGGUGAUCAGCCCGUCGCGGCCCAUCUUGCGCAUCUCUUCCACCACCUCUCCGACCUUUUCCACCUCUAUCCAUCUUCUGUCCGCUUCGUCCAUGAUUCUGCUCCCUCCCGGAGCCGAUUCAACGAAGCGUACUCUCAGCGCAAGCCAUUGCAUCGCCUUGACUUUCUGCACGAACUCUUCCACGUCCUCGCGGGCGCCCUCGCAGUAGAUCACGCCCGGGUAGCCGACUUUGGCGAAACCUGACAGCCGGAGCGAAGCGCUCCAUUGCUGCAUGUUUCGCCUCUUCGUGGGCGAAACGAGGUGGUGGGAGGUAAGGAGGGCAUGCCAGGGCGCUGGCUGCUCGUUUUCUGGGGCAGAGGUCGACGCGGGGCCAGCCUCAGUCCCUCGUAGGCCGACCGGACCGGGAUCGAACGCCUCGUGCAGCCGCGGCAGAAGAUGCACGAUCAGGAGCUCAUAGAGCGGGUAUCUGCAGGGGGAAAAAAGGAAAAAGGCAGGCAGGUCUGCGGUUACGGCGGGGGAACGGCCGACGCACGCACGAAGGGCUCUCGUCACCUGCGGCUGUAGCGUGCUGCUCCGCUCUCAGCUCGCUGAUCAGCCGCUGCCAGUGCGCCUGGUCGUCCCGGUGCAGGUCGCCCUUGACGGAGAUGAGCGCGUUCGCCAAGUGAGGGGCGCCUUCGACUUCGACGCGCACGUCCGUGGAGGCCUGGCCGAGCUUGAUUUGGAAGUGCACGGAGGACGGCGGCGGCGGCGGGUCGUCGUCCUCAGCUGCCCCUGCUAGCGAUCGCGACGCCCACCAUGCAGCCUGGCGCUCGGGCAGGAGCCAGGAGAAAAUCUCAUCGGGGAGCAGCGAGCUCUGUAUGAACUGCAGCUCUUGGAGGAGGUCGUUAACGUUCUCGUUGCCCGAAGCGGAUGCGUUCUCCGCAGCCAUCGCAUGUGGGCCCCUCGUAUCAGCGAGCGCCAGAGGCUACGGGGGUCGGCAGGACGUGUUCGGUGGGAGCAACGCACGCGCGCAAGCGAUAUCGCGAGUGCACGAGGAUGAGGAAGGUGGCGUUUCGCGGAGGCGGCUCGUUAUGGCACCUCCGGCCCUGAGCACGGGUACCUGCAUGCCUGCCUCACCCGCCACCGCCAUAUCUCACCGCCGCUCGCUGCCUUCACGGGCACGAACGUGUCAUCUGAGCUGGGACGGCCGUCCAUCGAACCUCCCGACCACCCAAUGGGCGGAACCACGCACUCGACAGAAGGCGAUCGUAUUUCCCUCACGAGUAAAGCAGCCUGCCGCCGCACACGUUUGCUGUACAAUACAACACACAGAACCGUCGCGGCCCUACAGAAAGUUUGCUACUCCAGAUUACCUGAACGAUGCGUAU